UAUUUGCUACAUGCACACCAAAAUUCAUUCAGUUAAGAUGUCUCCUUUAUCGAUAGUUACAGCCCUAGUGGACAAGAUUGAUAUGUGUAAGAAAAGCUUAAGCCCAGAACAGGACAUUAAGUUCAGUGGCCAUGUUAGCUGGGUUGGGAAGACAUCCAUGGAAGUGAAGAUGCGGAUGUUCCAGUUGCAUGGUGAUGAAUUUUGUCCUGUUUUGGAUGCAACGUUUGUAAUGGUGGCUCGUGAUUCUGAAAAUAAAGGGCCAGCAUUUGUAAAUCCACUCAUCCCUGAAAGCCCAGAGGAAGAAGAGCUCUUUAAACAAGGAGAAUUGAACAAGGGGAGAAGAACUGCCUUCAGCUCCACAUCGUUACUGAAAAUGGCUCCCAGCGCUGAGGAGAGGACCACUAUACAUGAGAUGUUUCUUAACACGCUGGAUCCAAAGACUAUAAGUUUUCAGAGUCGAAUUUUGCCCCCUAAUGCAGUGUGGAUGGAGAAUUCAAAACUGAAGAGCUUGGAAAUUUGCCACCCUCAGGAGCGGAACAUUUUCAAUCGUAUCUUUGGUGGUUUCCUUAUGAGGAAAGCAUAUGAACUUGCAUGGGCUACUGCUUGUAGCUUCAGUGGUUCUCGAGCAUUUGUGGUGGCAGUUGAUGACAUCAUGUUUCAGAAACCUGUCGAAGUUGGCUCAUUGCUCUUUCUUUCUUCGCAGGUAUGCUUUACUCAGAACAAUCACAUUCAAGUCAGAGUACAUAGUGAGGUGGCCUCUCUUCAGGAUAAAGAGCAUACGACCACCAAUGUCUUCCAUUUCACGUUCAUGUCGGAAAAAGAAGUGCCCCUGGUUUUCCCCAGAACAUAUGGAGAGUCCAUGUUGUACUUAGAUGGGCAGCGGCAUUUCAACUCCAUGAGUGUCCCGGUGACCUUGAGAAAGGACUACUUUAUGAAGCCCUAGGAAAAGCUCACUUGUUGAAAACCAGCACUCCACCUGCAAUGACGUAGUGCCUCUUCAGGCACUUCAUCAAGGCCCCAUCACGUGUAUUGAUUUUAGUUUGCUUCCCAUCCUCCAUUGAGAAGGAGAAUGUAUUUAGCUUGUAGGGUGAUCAGAAAAGCAGACGACAGUGUGGCUGAAUGGGGCCGAAGGGAGAAAGAAUUACUAAACAAUAAAUACUUUAAAAACAGUUUUAAUUGUGAACCU